AUGGAAAUGGUUGCUCUAGAAAACCAAACUAUUACAGAAUUUGUCCUCCUUGGUUUCCAUGACAUAGCUGAGCUGCAUCUCCUUUUCUUUAUUGUGUUCACUGUCAUCUACGUCUCCACUGUCAUGGGGAAUGUGCUAAUCAUUGUGGUGGUGGUUAGCUCACAGAGGCUCCACACACCCAUGUAUUUCUUCCUGGCUAACCUGUCCUUCCUGGAGAUCUUCUACACCUCCACAGUGGUGCCAAAAAUGCUGCAGAGCUUCUUGCAGGAGGCAGCCAUCUCUGUGGCUGGAUGCCUGCUCCAGUUCUUUAUCUUUGGUUCUCUAGCUACAGCUGAAUGCUUCAUGCUGGCCGUCAUGGCCUAUGAUCGAUACCUGGCGAUCUGCUAUCCACUCCACUAUCCCCUUCUGAUGGGGCCCAGAGGGUGCUUGGGGCUGGUGCUCAUAGCUUGGCUCUCUGGUUUCAUGGUGGAUGGAUUGGUUGUGGCCCUAAUGGGACAACUGAGGUUCUGUGGCCCCAGCCAGAUUGACCACUUUUACUGUGACUUUAUGCCUUUGAUGGGCCUGGCCUGCUCAGAUCCUAGAAUUGCCCAGAUGACAACAUUCGUUCUCUCUGUGGUCUGCCUCAAUCCCUUUGGACUGAUUCUGACAUCCUAUGCCCGGAUUGUGGUAGUUGUGCUAGUCCCUGCAGGGGCCCAGAGGCAGAGGGCUUUCUCCACUUGUUCCUCCCACCUGGCAGUAGUGUCCACCUUCUAUGGAACUCUCAUGGUCUUGUACAUUGCACCCUCUGCCAUCCACUCCCCACUCCUCUCCAAGGUCUUUGCUCUGCUCUACACUGUGGUCACCCCUCUUCUCAAUCCUGUGAUCUACACCCUGAGGAAUAAGGAGAUUCAUCAUGCACUGCAGAGGCUUCUGUGUAUUAAGCACACUGAAACACCUGAUUGA